GCUGCGGGGAUCCGCGUUCCCCCCUCCCCUUCCCCGCUUCCCCUCGUCCGUCCCCCUCCCGCCCCGGGCCGCGGCCGCCUCCCCGGGGGCGGCGGGAGGAAGGCCGGGGCGUGGGGCUCCGGCGGGCGGGCGGCGCCCAGGGCGACCCCAAGAUGGCUGGAGGCGGCGGCGGCGGGCGCGGGGGGCUCUGCUGAGCGGCCCCGGCGGGACGGGACAGCUCGGCUCGGGCUCGGGCUCGGCUGGCCCCGCAGCCCCUCCGCAGAGCCCCGCCGCAGCGGGAGCGGGUUUGUGCCGGUGACUUCUAUUUAAUUAUUUUUUUUUAAUACCUUUUUUUAUUAUUAUUUUUAAUUUUUUAUUAUUUUAUUUUUAACGCGUCUCCGGUCUCCGCUCAAAAUGGCUGAGAGCUGACUCGGCUUUCCCGGAACCAUACGCUUCGGCCGGCUCCUUCUGGCUGCCCGCCGCCUCGCCCCUUCCCUUCCCGGCGGGGCCGGACCGGGGAAGGCUCCCGGACAGCGUCCCCUCUGCUCCGCUGCAUUGUUACCUUCCCCCGGCCGGCCAUGAGACCGGACUAGGUCGGUGUGUGUCGUGUCCUUCCCCCCGUGCCGGACGCCUGUUCCCCCCUUCCCAGCUCCGCGGGAAGCCGGAGCAGGUUGAUCGGGGGCCGUGGGGUUUCGCUCCCCUUUGGCAAAGCCCAUCCUGUGCUAUCCCUGCGGGGCGCUGGACGAGGCUGCGCGGCGCUGGGGUUUGCUCUGAAUGACCGAGCUCUCCCAUUCAAGACCUCGCAGUCUCGAAGCAGGCGAGAGGUUGGCUUUUUUCCUUCCCCUUUCCCCCCCCCCCGUCUUGUCUGUUCCCCCCCACCCCCUUCCUUUUUUCCUCUGCUGCUCCACCGGGUGAGGAGCAAAUCUCAGGGGCUGCAGAGAGAAUUCGUUAUUUUCGCCAUCGUCAUCAUCGCUAUUAUUGUUAUUUUUUUUAACCUUCCUCCUCUUCCCAUUUUGGAUCUUAACCCUUUGAUCCGUUUCCUUUAAAAGACUCCGAUUCCCAACUCCCAUCGGGGGAGAGGGAGGAGAAAUACUGGGGAUUAAAAAAAAAGAGACCCUGAGCGAGCGAGCGAGUCCGCGCUCUCAGCUGUUAGCCAGGAGCUUUAUAUGGAACUUGGAUUCUGCUGCUGGAUUUUGUAUGGAUUUUUUUCAACCUUUGGGAGGACAGACCCCGGCGUCCGCCCCUAGACCGCACUGAGCAACCGAAGCGGGUUGGGGGGGAGAGAACGUCGCCAGAGGCUGCCGGCAGAGAUGGCCGAGAAUUGGAAGAACUGCUUCGAAGAGGAGCUCAUCUGCCCCAUCUGCCUGCACGUCUUCGUGGAGCCGGUCCAGCUGCCCUGCAAGCAUAACUUCUGCCGGGGCUGCAUCGGGGAGGCGUGGGCCAAGGAGUCGGGCUUGGUGCGGUGCCCGGAGUGCAACCAGGCUUACAACCAGAAGCCCAACCUGGAGAAGAACCUGAAGCUCACCAACAUCGUGGAGAAGUUCAACUCCCUCAACCUGGAGAAGCCCCCCUCGGUCUUGCACUGCGUCUUCUGCCGCCGGGGCCCGCCGCUGCCAGCCCAGAAGAUCUGUUUGAGGUGCGAGGCUCCGUGUUGCCAGUCCCACGUCCAGACCCACCUGCAGCAGCCCUCCACGGCUCGGGGCCAUCUCCUGGUGGAGGCGGACGACGUGCGGGCCUGGAGCUGCCCCCAGCACAACGCCUACCGCCUGUACCACUGCGAGGCCGAGCAGGUGGCCGUCUGCCAGUUCUGCUGCUACUACAGCGGGGCCCACCAGGGACACUCGGUCUGCGACGUGGAGAUCCGCCGCAAUGAGAUCAGGAAGAUGCUGAUGAAGCAGCAGGACCGCCUGGAGGAGCGGGAGCAAGACAUCGAAGAGCAGCUCUACAAGCUGGAAUCGGACAAGCGGCUGGUCGAGGAGAAGGUGAGCCAGCUGAAGGACGAGGUGCGCCUGCAGUACGAGAAGAUGCACCAGAUCUUGGAUGAGGACUUGCGGAAGACCAUGGAGAUCCUGGACAAGGCCCAGGCCAAGUUCUGCAACGAGAACGCAGCCCAGGUCCUCCAUCUCAAUGAGCGCAUGCAGGAGGCCAAGAAGCUCCUCAGCUCUGUGCAGGUGAUGUUCGACAAAACUGAGGACAUCAACUUCAUGAAGAACACCAAGUCUGUGAAAAUCUUAAUGGACAGGACCCAGAACUGUACAGGUGGCAGCCUGCCCCCACCUAAAAUCGGCCACCUCAACUCGAAGCUCUUCCUAAACGAGAUCGCCAAGAAGGAAAAGCAGCUCAGGAAGUUGCUGGAAGGUCCUCUGAGCACCCCCGUCCCCUUCCUGCAGAGCAUCCCCAUGUACCCCUGCACUGUCAGCAACUCCGGCGCGGAGAAGCGCAAGCACUCCACCGCCUUUCCCGAGGGCAGCUUCCUCGAGCCAUCGUCCGGGACUGUGGCGAGCCAGUACAUGAGCCAGGGCGCUUCGGCUGGCGAGGGGCAGUCCGCACAAGCCAUGGUGCCUUGUAGCUCCACGCAGCACAUAGUUGGACUUCCCAGCGGCCCACAGCCGGUGCACUCGGGCUCUGUCUUCAACCCAUCUCACUACCCCAACACCACAUCAUCUCAGCAGUCCGUGCUCUCCCAGUACGGCGGGCGCAAAAUCCUCGUCUGCUCCGUGGAUAACUGUUACUGUUCCUCCGUGUCCAACCACAGCGGGCACCAGCCCUACCCGCGGUCGGGGCACUUCCCCUGGACAGUCUCAUCGCAGGAGUAUUCCCACCCGCUGCCGCCUGCCCCUGCCGUGCCACAGUCGCUCCCGGGACUUGCCGUGAGGGAAUGGAUUGACGCAUCCCAGCAGCACGGGCGGCAGGAUUUCUAUAGGGUGUACGGCCAGCCGUCGGCGAAACACUACGUCACCAGUUAACCAUCACACACAGUCUGCUCCGUGGCGCGCUCGGAGGGAGAAGUCUGGUUUGGUUUGGCUUUUCUUCCCCACCAUCACCCCCUUUUAAAUCAAACGCGAUGUUUUCCCCGCCUCCCGCCCCUCCAGGAUUUUGGGGAGGGUUGUUCCCUCAUCCCCCUCUCUCUCUUUUUUUUUUUUAAUCCCUUUAAAAUGAAAUAAUUUUUUUUUCCUUCUAAUUCCUCUUUUUUUUUUUUUUUAAUUUAAUUUUGGAAAGUCCUUCCCGCCCCUCGCUGGGAAAAGAUGAGGGAGAAAUUACUGAGAAGAAAUUGAUGGGGAUUUCAGUCGGGCGUCUGGGCCUGUGCUCUUCCUUGCUCCUCUCUGCCUUUGGAAAACUCCAGAAGGGACAAUGGCACCUUCCCUCUUCCCAUUUCUCCAAGUUCAUUUUUAUUCCGGUUUGGUUCCGUUUUUCCUCUUUUUCCCACCCUUCUCUUUCCCUUUUGAAAAAGAAAGCCACCCAUCAUGGAUUCCGUAUGAAAUGUAGAUUUUGGGUUUGUUACCUUGUUUUUUUUUUUUAUUUUAAGAGGCUGAUUUUUUGUGUUCCGAGGCCACCUCUCACACCUAUUGGCAUUUUUUGGUUGUUUUCCUUCUUUCAGAGGUUUGUAAAUACACGAUGGCAGGAAAUUAAUGCACAAAAAUAACAAAAAAAAAAAACACAAAAAAAAGAAAAAAAGGGAAAAGAAACUUUAAAACAAAAGAAAUCACGAAUAAAUCAAUAAACAAAGAACCUGUUCUCGUCUCCAGGAGGGGCUGCGUGGCCCUGCGCCCCCCCCUCCUGCCUAUCGCUGAUGCAACUUCCUGUAACAAGCACUUUGUAUAAAAAGAAAGUGGACUUCCUGCUAUAAGGCACAGGUAUUUAUUCUGUAACCGAUUUUAGAACACACACACACACACAAAGUACUCAAAUAAAUGUGAUCACUUAGUGCAAA